AUGUCUGUCGCCUCUAGAAACGAGAGCCUCGAGCUCGGGCAGGCCAACAAGGCUCCCGUCACGGUCGAUCAUGGCGUCACGACCGAGAACGACAACAACUCGGUCUACAACCAGACGAGAACGCGCAAGGUCUUUUCCUUUUCGCAGCUGUUUGCCUUUUCCCUGACCUACAUGGCACUAUGGGAAGGCAUGUGCUCAAACAUGUACUUUGCUCUCUUCAAUGGCGGCCCCCAGACAUUCCUCUUUAGCUUCAUCAUCGUCUUUUUCGGUGCCAUCUCCCAGGCUGCUUCCCUCGGAGAGAUGGCCUCGAUCCAGCCUGUUGCUGGUGCGCAGUACCAUUGGACAUAUCACCUCGCCCCCUCAUCCGUCAAGAGAUUUGCGACAUGGAUUCAAGGAUGGGCCACAUGGUUUGGUUACGUCUCUCUGCUUGCCGCCAUUGCCAAUGUCACCAUCAUCCUGCUCGAGUCCAUGAUUGCGCUCAACCACCCCAACUACGUCGCCGGUGGAUGGCACACCUCCGUCCUGGUCAUCGCCAUGUGCCUUGUCCACGGAUUCUUGAACAUCUACGCCUUCAAGCUGAUUCCUUGGAUUGAGCUUGUCGCCGGUGUCCUCCACGUCUGCCUGUUCGUCAUCUUCGUCGUUGUGCUUGUCGUCAUGGGUCCCCGCAACCCCUCGUCCUUCUGGCUGUCGCGAAACAUCUCUUCUGGCUGGGAUAACACCUACGUCGCCUGGAACCUCGGCAUGCUCACCUGUGUCUGGAGUUUCACUGGCUUCGACAGUGCCAUCCACAUGAGUGAGGAGACCCGAAAGGCCAAGUCGGCUGUCCCCCGCGCCAUGUUCUGGUCCAUCUUCAUGAAUGGUGUCCUCGGCUUCGUCAUGGUCAACGUCCUCAUCUCUGCUAUGGGCUCCGUCGAGGACAUGCUCAACGAGGCCAGCCCUAUCCUCGCCAUCAUCAUGGCCGUCACUGGCUCCGAGAAGGCCACCACUGCCAUGAUCACCGGCCUCUUCGUCAUCUCCUUCAGUGUCAACCUGGCCAACAUUGCCUCCGUCUCCUCCUACGUUGCCUUUGGUGCCAUUACUUCCCUCUCCUCCCUGGCCCUCUACAUCUCCUACGCCAUCGCCAUCAGCAGCAUGCUCUACGUCCGCUUCAGCGGCAACACCAUCAAGGUGGGCGAGUGGAACCUCGGCGGAUACGGUAUCUACGUCAACUGUUUCGCCCUCCUCUACACCCUCUAUGUUAUCAUCUUCCUCCCCUUCCCCUCGACGAUUCCCGUCACCGCCGAGAACAUGAACUACUGCGGGCCCGUCAUGGUUGCCGUCCUGGCCAUCGCUGUUGCCCUGUGGUUCGCUCGUGCUAGAAAGCACUGGAGCGGUCCCAACCUCACGAUUCUUGACUUUGUCGUUGCCAACGCCAAUGCGUAA